UGGAUAACAUUCCUGCCAAUCAGCCGUGACGGACGCCACACUGUUAGAUGUGUCGAAAAUGAAACUGGCGUCGAUGGAACCAAAAUAAAAGGAAAACAAGACGGUCAUCACAUAAAAUCCCCCCCCUGGAUUCACUUAUUUAAACCGGCACAGCGGAGGCAGAAGAACCCGACGCUGGGAAUGUUGAGCAAGCACCAGAGCUGGAUAGGACGUACUGUACUACAAUGGAGUCAUGUUUCAUCACCCGUUUGAACGACUACAUUCUUCUUGAUUUUCCCUCCUCUCCCUGCCGUCCUCUGUGCUCCAGUCUGUAGCGGUGGGCUUGGCUACUUGGUGAGACUGGAGCUGAUGUCACUAUGGCACACUUUGACACAGAGUACCAGCGCCUGGAGGCGUCCUACAGUGACUCUCCCCCUGGAGAGGAGAACCUGCUGAUGCAUGUGCCUGAAGGAGCCAAAUCCCAGUGGCACCACAUAGAAAACCUGGACCUGUUUUUCCAGAGAGUUUAUAAUCUGCACCAGAAGAAUGGAUUUACCUGUAUGCUGCUUGGAGAGAUCUUCGAGCUGGUUCAGUUGCUGUUUGUGGUUGGCUUCACGGUGUUCCUGGCUAACUGUGUGGACUACGACAUACUCUUUGCCAACAAGUUUGUAAAUCACACUGAUUCUUCUAAAGUAACCUUGCCUGAUGCCUUCCUCCCAGUGGAUGUCUGCAGUGCCCGUAUCCGAGACAAUGCAUUUGUGAUCUUCGUGCUUAUAAUAUCUGGGGUGUUUUGGCUACAUCGCCUCAUCAAAUUCAUCUACAACGUCUGCUGCUAUUGGGAGAUCCGAUCCUUCUACAUCAACGCACUCAAGAUGACCAUGUCAGAACUCCCCUAUGCAACAUGGCAGGAGGUUCAAGCCAGAAUAGUGGAGAUUCAAAAGGAGCACCAGAUCUGCAUCCAUAAAAAAGAACUGACAGAGCUUGACAUUUACCACCGCAUCCUCCGGUUUAAAAACUACAUGGUUGCCAUGGUAAAUAAGUCACUCCUUCCUGUGCGAUUUCGACUUCCUGUACUUGGAGAUAGUGUGUUCUACACCCGAGGUCUGAAGUACAACUUUGAGCUCAUCUUCUUUUGGGGGCCAGGCUCUCUGUUUGAGAAUGAGUGGAGUCUAAAACCAGAAUACAAGAGAGGAGGUAACAGACUUGAGCUGGCAGACAGGCUGGCAUCUCGCAUUCUGUGGAUUGGUAUUGCCAAUCUGCUGCUGUGUCCGGUCAUUCUGGUGUGGCAGAUUCUCUAUGCUUUCUUUAGUUACACUGAGGUGAUCAAGCGAGAGCCUGGUUCUCUGGGAGCAAGGUGCUGGUCCCUUUAUGGUCGAUGUUACCUGCGUCACUUCAAUGAGUUGGACCACGAGCUCAUGUCACGCCUCAGCAAAGGCUACAAAGCUGCAUCCAAGUAUAUGAACUGUUUCCUCUCACCACUGCUCACAGUGGUUGCCAAAAAUGUAGCCUUCUUUGCUGGGUCCCUUCUAGCUGUUCUCAUUGCUCUGACUAUCUAUGAUGAGGAUGUUCUUGCAGUGGAACAUGUCCUUUCAUCAAUCACUCUGCUCGGAGUGUGCAUCACAGUCUGCAGGUCAUUUAUUCCUGAUAAAAACAUGGUGUUUUGCCCUGAGCAGCUGCUGCGAGUCAUCCUGGCUCAUAUCCAUUACAUGCCUGACCACUGGCAGGGCAAUGCCCAUAGAUAUGAGACCCGUGACCAGUUCUCCCAGCUCUUCCAGUACAAAGCAGUGUUUAUUCUAGAGGAGCUGCUCAGUCCAGUGGUGACUCCAAUAAUCCUGAUAUUCUGUCUGCGGAGGAAGUCUCUGGAGAUCAUUGAUUUCUUCAGGAACUUCACUGUGGAGGUGAUUGGAGUAGGAGACACUUGCUCCUUUGCCCAGAUGGACAUCAGGCAGCAUGGACACCCUGCGUGGAUGUCACAGGGGAAAACAGAGGCAUCUAUCUACCAACAAGCAGAGGAUGGGAAGACAGAGUUAUCGCUGAUGCACUUUGCCAUCACCAACCCCCAGUGGCAGCCCCCUCAGGAGACCACGCACUUUAUCAGCCAGCUGAAGGAACGAGUUCACAGAGAGGCCACGGGGGCUCCUUCAGACGCACAUCCACUCUCACUGUCUGAGUCUGAGCCGAGGAGCCUCAUCGCAAACCUCUUAGGAGGCCCCUCUACGCUGGCCUCCGUUCAUUUCGGCAGGGACGGGUCUUUGACCAAUCACGCAGCAGCUGGCAUAAAUGAUGGGGCAUCUGCCUUGCGAUCCCUUUCCCCAGUCAGCAGCAGUUUUCACCUGAGAGGCAGUUUGAGUGCAGCUCACAGGGCUGCUGGCCACACUUCAGCCAUGAGCAAAGUAAUGGCAGGCUCUGGGACUGAUGCCCGAACUGUGAGCUCAGGCAGCAGUGCAUGGGAGGGUCAACUCACCAGCUUGGUUCUUUCAGAGUAUGCCUCCACUGAGAUGAGCAUCCAUGCACUUUACAUGCAUGAGCUACACAAGCAGCAGUCCCGUGGCGAGCUAUCCCGUCACACGUGGCACAGACAGGACAGUGAUGAAAGCAGUGACAGUGUCCCAGAUGAAGUGAGGAGUGAACCCAAUCCUCUCUCGAGAAAUUUCCCUCGCUCACACACUUUCCCCACCACAGUCCCCAGUCCUAGUGCCAUUCCCACUUCAGCCUCCAGCAGUACAGCCCUUGGCCAGGAGGUGGCUUCAUCACAGAGUAACACCCAGCGGCGCUAUAGUGGACCUAGCUCAGACUCUUUUGUUGCAGGGGGUAAAGCAGUGAGGUUGGGCCGUGUGCCAAUGGGAGGGUGGGAAGAGGAGGGUCAGGCAGCACCACGACGCCAUGAGCCUCUACAAGAGGAGAGCUCAGAAGACGAAAUGCCUCCUCACAUCCACAAAGUUACAUAACCUAGCCAUGUGAAUAAGUGUCAGCAUCCCCAUAACCAGAAACACAUCAUCAUCCUUGAGCAGGUGACACAAAUGAAGAUGGACAUGUGCAAGAGCAGUGUACAGUGGUCCUUAUGAACGCUUACUACGUGAAUUUGAAGAAACUAUGUGACUAUUAUAUAUGUGCCCUAACAGGCAAACGGGGUAUAUCCGAAUUUACGUAUCAGAAGAGGACCUACAGGAUCAAGUAAUUUCUAAUGGCCACUGAUAUCAUCAGAAUACACCACUCUCUUUUAUAAAGUCAAAAGAUUGCAUAAUGAAAGUGCAUGUGUUGGUGUUAUGUUGUGAACACAUCAGCACUACUGGAGGCAUUCUUGGCACUUCAUUGCUGUAAAAAAACAACCCAAAACAAAACAAAACUAUUUGCCCAAAAUGUAUCACAAUUUUCCACAUUGUAUUAUGUAUCCGGUUUAUAUUGUUUUCCCUUUUACAAUCAAAUGAGGUGAGAGAAAUUUGAAGAAUGUAUGGUGUCUCUAACAAACACACUGACUCUCUUGUACCGAUAGCAAGAGGCUGUGUACUUUACCCUGUGCUCUGUAUUUUGCUUGAAUUCUGCCUCUUUGCAAGACAUCUGUGCAAGUCCUCAAAUAGUAUAAAACGUUAUUCCUUGAUAUUUUUAAUAACAUAGUGUACUCCUUUUUUAUUUUUUCAUUCUGCAUUUGCUGCAUUACUAAAGUUCAUCAGAAUUUUCUAAAAUGUCCUAAAACCUUUCCCAAGAUCUGCCUCGUUGCCAUUUGCAAUGGUGAAUUGAAUGGUGGUUAAAAGAAAUUGUACAAUGUAACAAUGUACAGUAUUUAGCAGCUUUCAUUCAGAAUAUUGAAUUGAUCAAAUUUACACAAUUAGAAGACCAACAUUUUGCGAUGUGCACAGACGCUGUAUGAAAGCACACAUUAAUCUGAUUUAACCCAGGUUUUUAUUGUUUACCUUUUCUUAUGGUUCAACACAUUGCAAAAGAGUGCAACAAACAAACAAGGCUGUUUUUAAGCAUGUUAUAUUGAUUUCUGUGCCAUACAAAAAGCCCUCAACCACAAGUGCAUGACCAUCAUUCACACAUUUCUCCUACAGAGUUGUAACUCAUCCCAAAGUGAGAAUACUGCAGGUGAUCAUCCUCCGUUUAAGAUUAAUCAUAGCACGACUUCCUUGUUCCCUGUCAUCAAGCAUCACUUUUUCAAAAGAGGAAUUAUGCACUUUAAUAAUUUGUUAAUGCAGACUGUCUCUUGUAUGUGUAUGUUCUCACGCACAUAUAUAUAUAUAUAUAUAUAUAUAUAUAUAUAUUGUCAUUAUUUUAUUUAUCAAAGGGACGUGCCAUGAUGAUUGACAGCUAUGAAUUGGUUGUGUUUUCUGUUGUAUAAGUGGAUCGAAAUGAAGAAUAACUGCAACACUGCUAACCUGCAAUGAAAAGAUUGUGAAGGAUGCAGUGAAUCAGCGCUUUAACGUUUCAUGAAAAGUGACUGUGUUGGGUUUGUUUUAUAGAUCCUGUUAAAUACCAUUUUGUACAGCUGUAAAUUCACCUAUUAAAGACAAGAUUCAUGA